AUGGGAGACGAUCCAAGUCCAGAAACUGCACCGCGGUACGAGGGCGUCGAGAAAGCAGUCGUAGCUGAAGCGCAGCGGAUAGCCCACAAGUAUGACCCUCCUCUACCUGUUUACGCAUACACGAAGGUAGAGUACGACCCACGCAAACUGAUAUGCUCAUUCUAUACGGCGAAGGAUCUGUGUAACACGAUCAUACUGCCAUAUGUUAUGGGUGUCAAUGGUUUAAUUUUUUGGAGCAGCAGCAACAAUAUGACGGAUCGAUGCGGUUCGAUCACAACCUUCCUAAAUAUGACGCUUGGACCUUUGGUUAGGGAUGUCAGCAGAGGCCGUUACGGAGAAUGGACUAAAGACUACAACGAG